CAAGGCAACGGAAGCUUUAGAGAAAAUGGCUUCGUGCGAAGUUUCUCUUGAAAGAGUUUAGUGAGAUUCUCCAGGUUAACGUUACGUUCUGUUAGUUUCUGUUUAUCUCUACGUGCUCGUGCACAUCGGAAAUGAAACGUGUCGGGACCGCGCUGCUUCAAACUGAAGAGUUAAUGGAGGAUUUUCUUUAAUCAUGUUUUCAGACGAAGCUUCGGACUCAGUGACGGUUCAGUCUGUCUGGAGGAAACAACACGAGAGUCAGCGAGACACGAGAGGAAGUCAGACCUCAGCCGUGCGCAGCUGUGAGGCAGAGGUCCAGAGCGUGUCCAGGACCAGCAGCUCCACUCAGACAGAACCAGAGCCGCUCACCCAGCUGGACCCGGAGGCUGCAGACCCCCCCGGCCUCAGGGACUUCCUGCAGCGGGUCGAGGAGGAGGUGGUAGGAGAACUGGUCUCGAACGCCAGGAGUCACGCCUUCGAUGGGUUCCAGGUGAACUGGGACGACCACAGUCAGCUGGUUUCAUGUCUUCAUCUCCUCCAACAUCCCGUGGCCCAGGAGAGAGGUCUCCAUGUGACCUGUGUGUCCUGGAGCUGCACAGGCUCGGUGGUUGCUUGUGGAUUCGCCAGGGCAGAACGAGGAGAGCCGAACGCUGAACACUGGUUCUUCUCUGUGGGCAGGAUGGACGAUGAAGGCUGGAGCACUGAGAGCUCGUACGUGUGCACGUGGAAUCUGGAUCGUCGAGGUCUGAACCCCAAACAGGCGGAUCUGGUCAUCGAUGUUCCCACUGCGGUCACAGCUCUGUGCUGUCACCCGGACCAGCCCGCCCUCAUGGCAGGCGGUCUGUACAGUGGAGAGGUGGUCGUGUGGGACACCAGUCGGACUCAGGACCCUGUUCUGGCUCUAACUGGGAUGUCAGCAGAGAGUCACAGAGAGCCUGUUUAUCAGGUCUCCUGGGUGCCGCUGCAGAAGAGGGGGGAGUUUGGCGUCCUCAGUGCCAGCUCAGGAGGUCGAGUGCUGCUGUGGACGUUGGACUCGGACCAGGGACGGUUUGUCCUGGACGCCGUCUUCGCCUUCGUCCGUCAGCAGCUUCCUCAUGGAGUCAGCGUCAAGACUCGGGGGGGCAGCAGCACUGUGGGCGUCACCUCCCUGGCUCUCUCCCCCUGGGACCCGGACACCUUCCUGGUCGGCUCGGAGGGCGGCCUCCUGCUCAGGUGCUCCUUCUCCUCCACGACGCCGGCCGCCGUCGCCUCCGAGGGUCAGAGCGUGACCCCCAGGGCCCCGGCCGUCUUCUCCUUCCGGCCCUGCAGCGGCCCCGUCCACUCCAUACACUGCUCCCCCUUCCACAGGAACUUGUUUGUGAGCGCGGGGACGGACGGCCUGGCCCACGUCCACUCGCUGCUGCAGGUCAACCCCCUGCUCUCGCUCAGGGUCUCCGACUCAUACGUGUUCCAGGUGCAGUGGUCUCCCACCAGACCACUGGUGUUCGCCGCAGCCACAGGACAAGGGAAGGUGCAGAUCUUUGACCUGGGCCGCAGAUCUCUCCGAGCAGCAGCCACCAUCGAGCAGGGGGGGGCCGGACACGCUGCUACCAGUUUGUCCUUCAACGCUCACAACCCCCACCUGCUGGCCGUGGGCAGCACCGACGGGACGGUCGGCGUCUGGCAGCUGAGCGCCGCUCUGUCGGAGCAGCGCCCGAGGGAGAGCAGCCAGCUGGAGCAGAUAGCCAAUCAGGUGGCAGAAUGACAUGUUUCACCCGUGGAAGUGAAAUAAAGAGCAGCAGUCGAGGUU